AUGGCGCGCUGCAGCGGGGCCGCCCGCCGGGCGGCGCUGCUGCUGGCUGCCGCCGCGCUGCUGGCCGGCCUUGGCGGCGCGGCGGCGUUGGACCCGGACGAGCAGGCAGUGCAGCAGAUGCUGCGUGGCAUGCUCGAGGUGGCGGAGGAGAUUAACACCGGCAAGGAGGUGGAGUCGAGGGUGUCUGCCAUGGCCGCCCCCGCCAACCUCGACUCCGUCAAUGCCUCGGACAUCCAGGCCAAGCUGUUUGCCUCGGCGGUGGUCACAUGGCAGCUGGGCGUGUGGGACUCCCCGUACAACAAGGGCCUGAUCCCCAAGAAGAUGCUUUUCUACGACCUCGUCCACUACUACCAGGUCCCGGAGAAGCCCAUCGGCACGCUUGUGAUGUUCCACGGCUGCUACCACGACGCCUCUGGCAGCUGGCCCUACCACCCCAAACACUGCCGAGAGUGCCUGGGCCUGCCGGAGGAGGCGCUGGCCCACGGCUUUGCGGUGCUGGCUGUGGAGUCCCGCAACCGCAGCCGCAAGGGGCGCUGCUUCAGCUCAGGGACUGACCCGAUGACUAGUGACCAGUGGACAGCGCCCUACACCAUACAGAACUUCCUGUACGAGACGGGGCUGCAGAACCUGCCCGUUUACACCCUGGGCAUCUCCGCGGGCGCCGCCUUUGCCACCAAGGUCAUCAAGAACUUCUGGGAUCCCAACUUUGGCGGCAUCAUCAAGCCCGCGGGCAUCAUCUCGGAGGUGAAUGCGCCGUCCAGCUGGCGGUCGUGGGGGCUGGAGGGCAAGGACGGCAAGCUCAAGUUCCCUGACUUCCCUCCGGUGGCCUUCAUCGCCAUGGAGAGGGACAACAGGACCUUCAACCGGAUACUGGACAGAAUACAGGACCUAAGGCGGUUCAAUGUUCCAGCAGAUUACAUCAUGGUCAAGUCUCGCCCCGUGGACCGCCUCUGGUUCUACAACCGCUCCCCCGUCAUCACCGCCCGCCAGUCUGCGGAGAUUGUGCGGGCCAUGAAGCGGCUGGGCUUCCUGGACGCCGACGGCAACCUGAAAUACGACCCCCGCAUCGGAGCCCUGACGGACAACAACCCGCUGGCCAAGUGGAACAGGAAGCUGGUCGGGAGGGUGGACUGGCUGCACAUGAGCCCCAGCAAGGCCCCCAUGCUCAGCGUCCUAUCAGACCGCAGCACCAUCUUCGAGGAAAUGAACGUGGCAUGGGCGUACCAUGAGGGCGUGGCAGACCACAUGGUCCCCUGCCUGAUGUGGCUGAGGUCUGGCGGCGAGCUGGACCUCAAGUACCUGGCCCGCAAGCUGGGCGUGGAUCGGCUGAGGGACCUCACGAUGAAGCGCGUGCACUGGAAGCCGCCGCCGCCGCCGCCCAGGCCAAGUGCGAAGCGGCGCCCGCCGCCCCCGCCCAAGAAGCGGCCCCCGCCCCCGGCACCCAGGAAGAGGCCGCCGCCGCAAAAGAAGGCGCGUCGUGCCAUGGAGUAGACGGGAGAUGCGGCCCCGUUGUCAGCCACACCACCUUACCUUCUUGCAGCUGGAGAGUGAUCUUGUUGAGUGCGGGCAGCCCCAUUCAGUAUUGCAGCCUGGCAUCCGAUCCCUUAGAGUCAUCACCCGUAUCCGUUUCUCUCUUGCGGUACAACCCUCUUGAAUUAUCUUGCGCAUUUGCAAUGCUGCGGCUGUCGUCGCUUGCCAUGCCUCUGAGCAGAGGCGCCAUCUAGGCCAUGUGGACUUGGCUUUGGU